AGAGAGAUAGAGAGGAAGAUGGAGAAGUUCUCAAACUGGAGAGAUGGACCUACUGGCAUCGCACCAUUGUUGCCACCAAGGCCAAAGGUAUCUGAAUCAUCAACUAUUGUCAAGAUCGUAGGAACACUGUUCUACAUCAUCUUGGCACCAAUUCUAUGCAUAAUUCGUCUACCUCUUAUACUA